UUUGGGCACUUUGCGAUAAAUGUCAAUGUAUAAAUCGUGUUUGCGAAUAUUUUUCUACAGUAAAUAUUGAUAAAAUUAGUACAUUUUACCGUGUUAAAUAAAUGAAAGAAAUUAUAAACUCAAAGGACAACUUUAUUAGUGCAUGAGGACUUCAUACUUUCGUGUACUAUCAUUUCUAGUGUGAUCGAAGAUGUGGUAUUUAACUGCUACAAACGAUAAAAGGACGAUUUAUGUUCUUUCUGGGACCAACAUAACGAUUGGGAGAAGCGUUGAUCCUCAGUUUUGUAACUUUGCCCUACCCGACGAUCCUUCAAUUAGCAGAAAACAUGCAACAUUGUUUGUCUCGGAUUCAGAGUUGUUCGUUCAGGAUUUGGGAUCCAAAUACGGGACAUUUCUCAAUGAAAGUGCAGAAAAGUUAGAACAUAACGUUAAGACUAAGCUAAAUCAAGAUGAUACUAUUAAGUUUGGUAAAAUGAACAGUGUUUGGAAAGCCAACAAAAUUGACUUCAUUACAUGCACAUCUACACUCAAAGGAGAUCAUUUACAAAUUUUAAAGAGCAUUCUGAAUAAUGUCGGGGGACAAUUCAAGAGUGACUGGGAUGAAACAUGCACUUUCCUUACUAUGCCAUCUAUUACUUUGACCAUCAAAGUUGUUUUGGCGCUAGUACAGGGUGCACAUAUUGUUAAUAUUGAGUUUUGGAAUUCAUGCAUUAAUGCCAUAAGAAGUAACUCGACUAUGCCAGAUCCACAAAACUUUGUGCCCCAAAUAUUAGAGUCAACAUUGAACAAAGAAAAUGUGUCUUUCUUACCACUGAAAGAUAGAAAAAUUUUGUUUGCUGGCAAGCAAAUUGUUUUCUUUUCUCGCCGUCAGUUUGAAAUGUAUAAGAUGCCUAUACAAAACAGUUGCGGAACACCCCUACUGCUGAGUGAAACUAAAAUGACUAAGGCAAUGUUGUGUGAAGAUGAUGUCAUUGUGAUUCAAUGCAACCUGACUUCAGCAGGUGCCGAAACUCAGUCACAGAAAGAUCUAAUCAAUGAGAUUGCAGAGUACCUUAAAUCAAAGGGUAAAAGGAUGAUAGCAGAUGCUGAAAUCGGUUUAGCAAUAUUGUAUUGCUCCCUGACAAAAUAUUGUAACCCCAACUUUAGUUACUCAACGGAAGUCAUUAAAAAUGUUCCUGCCGCAAACAAACAGACCAAUGUCCUAGCUCAAGAAACUCAGGAACAGUCUCAAAAUAUUAAAAAGGAAAAUAUCAUCAUUGAUGAAAGUUUGACACAACAAAAUAUUGAUACUUCUCUAACAAGUCACAAAAGGAAAUUGAGUGACGAUUCUGAGAAUUCCAGCAGUUCAAGUGCUCUAAAGAAGUUUGCAUUAGACGAUACCAGCUCAUCUGUGUCAAAUAAAAGACCAAAUGAAGAUAUUGAUGAAGUGGUCCCAUCCAAGAAAAUGAAUUUAAAUGAUAACAAUGAUGACAUGUUCAACUUUUUAGCUGCUCCUGAAACUGAAACAAGCAAUGGUAGUGGAGAUACAAAUAAAAUGCUCAACCUGUUUAAGCCUUCUAAGAGGAAGCUAGAUGAUAGAGACAAUGAAGACAACCUGUUUGACUUUGUUGAGAACCAAGCAACUUCUGCAGCAAAUUCCAAGGUGGAGAAGAAAAUUAAAAUGGAGAAUGGUGUAGAUGAUAAUUCUAACCGCACAAGUGUUAUCGAUGAGAAGAUUGAUGUAGAAGCUCUGAGAGGAAGCAAGCUCCAAGAGUUAAUGCAGCUUAAUGAAAAUGUGCAGAAUACUGUCAAAGUUAAAAAAGAGGAAACUGAACUAGAUGAGAAAUUCAAAGAUUUUAAUUUAGGGUCAACUACACUUGUUGUCAACAAAGGUUUGAUAAUCAAGAGGGAGCCCUUAUCUGUAACAGUACCUAACCCUGGUGCAAGAAACUUUAAAAAGUUCAAGAAGGUAUGGCCCGUCAAGAUGCAAAUAACAAUAUUGACAAAUUCAUCUAACAAUGGUGAAUCUGUUGAAGCAACACAUGAAACAGCUUCCAUGAUGGCAUAGUAUGCUAAAUUGAACUUUAUAACAUUUAUAUAAAAACAAAAUGAAACAUGUUGAUUAUAGGAAUAAGAUUUUUAUUCAAUAAUGUUUAAUGAAUAUAAAACAUUUUAAUUUCA